AUGGCAAUCAUGUUGACACGAGGAGUGUUGAGUUUAUUUUUUACUUUUGUGAAAAAUUUUUUCAUAGUUUUGUGUAAAAAAAUGUCAUCUAUCUCCAAAAUAUAUAAAAAUUUGCUCCAUAAAUAUCCUUAUGGAAUUCAAGCUGUUCAAACAGCAAUUCUCAUGGGAACCGGAGACUUUUUGUCCCAAGUAUUUGUUGAAAAGACAGAAGCAAAAGACUAUAACUUUUUGAGAACUGCAAAAUUCGCUGGUUUUGGACUGUGUGUUGCGGGACCUGCUAUUCGAGGGUGGUACAAUGUUUUAGAUCGUUACAUUAAAUCUCCUGGUGUGAAAGGUGUUCUUCUCAAAGUCUCAGUUGAUCAGCUUUUAUUUGCACCAACUUUCCUUGUAAUUUUCUUAAGCACAAUGGGAACUCUCAAUGGGGAAGGCCCGAAACAGAUAUCUACUCGAGUAAAACAAGAUUUUCCUGAGAUUCUGGUUACUAAUUGGAAGGUUUGGCCAAUGGUUCAAAUGGUAAAUUUCUAUUUCAUACCCCUACAACACAGAGUGGUUGUUGCUCAAUUUGUGGCUGUCUUUUGGAACACAUAUUUGGCCUUUGUUACUAAUCGUACUUAGCCUUGAAAGAAAAAGUUGUUACUGCACAAUUUUUCUUACAUCAAAAUUCAAUUAGUCUUUCUAAGUCUUUAUAAGACUUUAUCUUUAAGUCUCGAUAGAGGUAAUAUUUUUUACUUGGUGUUUUUGAAAGAAAAUAAAUUGUGCUGGUUACAAAUUA